AUGACCCCUCCACUUUUCUACCUCUCUCCAGCCAGAGCCCAGGAGGUCCAAGCGGAGAAUGUGACGGUGGCAGAGGGCGGCCAGGCUGAGAUCAACUGCAGGCUCCACCAGUACGACGGCUCCAUCGUGGUGAUCCAGAAUCCCUCCCGGCAGACGCUCUUCUUCAACGGCACGCGGGCCCUGAAGGAUGAGCGCUUCCAGCUGGUGGAGUUCACCCAGAGCCAGGUGCGGAUCGUGCUCUCCAAUGCCCGGCUGGAGGACGAGGGGGGCUACUUCUGCCAGCUCUACACGGAGGACACCCACCACCAGAUUGCAAUCCUCACAGUGCUGGUGCCCCCUGAGAACCCCUUGGUGGAGGUGAAGGAGCAGGCAGUGGAAGGCGGGGAGGUGGAGCUCACCUGCACCGUCCCCCGGUCACGGCCGGCCGCCACCCUGCGCUGGUUCCGGGAACGGAGAGAGCUGAAAGGGAUGAGCAGCCGGCAGGAGAGCGGGAAGGUCUUCAGCGUCACCAACGUGGUGCGCUUCCGGGUGGAGCGCAAGGACCACAGCAGCAUCGUGACCUGCGAGGCCACCCAUCCGGCCCUCCGCGGGCAGCGGAAGCAGACCCAGUACCUGCGGCCGAGAAACGACCAGGACUCGCCCACGGCACGGAUCCACCCUCCGCCCGGCGUGAUGCGGGAAGGAGACACCCUCAUCCUGACAUGCGCCGUCAACGGCAACCCACUCCCCACAGACAUCAAGUGGAGCCGGGCCAACGACUCCCUUCCGGAGCGAGCCCUAGUCGAGGGCGAAAUCCUGACCAUCCCCAGCCUCAGCCUGCUGGACAACGGGACCUACUCCUGCCAGGUGUCAAAUAAGCACGGCCGCUCCUCCGACCAGUACGUC